AUGUCUAGAAAAAAACACAACAUUGCUUACAUAAAACCAGAAGAACCUAAAUUUAUACGAGAUUUAAAAGCUCAAAUUGGAUUUAAAGAAGGUCCUGAUGUCAACACCAAGAGACAAGAAUUAUCAGAAGGUGAAGAAGAAGAUUUUGAAGACCGUGGCGAAGAGAAGCCACAAGUUGUCGUUUUGAGUAAGGAACACUUGACUGCAGAAGAAGCUGAUGAAUUUCAGAAGAAAAAAGAUCUAGAAGAAGCUAACGCGCCGGCAGAUCUCUCCAAGAGGAUAAUUUUUAAUCGAAAAGCCAAACCAGAGGCAGAUGUACUAGACCAGCCACCUCCCAAGAAAAGUAAAUCUAAAAAACCUAAGCUCGUAUUAUCCUUCGACGACGAAGACGAAUAA